AUUAGGAAGAACACACCCAGUGACAUCAGUGAGGUUUGAAGAAGAAAAAAGGUCUCCAGUCAAAGUGUGCAGAGGAGGAACAAGAGGGCCGAAAGGUCCUUGCUAGGUUCUCUAUCCGUGUUGAGUUUUUUUUUGGUGUUUUUCUUUUGCUCCGGAGAGUUUGGGAACCAAAACUGUCCACAACUGUGCGUAAAGUUUGUACCGGAGCGCAGAGAGUCGCGUUUCUCAAGAGAGGAGGAUGUCAACUUCUGACGAGACAGACGGGCUCCGGCCGAGAUAUGGCUCUGUCCUGGAUGGCGUGGAGCGGCUCACAGCGGAGGAGAUGGAUGAGCAGCGGCAGCAAAACAUGGCCUAUGAGUACCUGUGUCACCUGGAGGAAGCCAAAAGAUGGAUGGAGGCCUGUCUGGACGAGGAGUUGCCUCCCACCACGGAGCUGGAAGAGGGGCUGAGGAACGGCGUCUAUCUGGCCAAACUGGGCAACUUCUUCGCCCCAAAAACCGUUUCCCUCAAGAAGAUCUACGACCGCGAGCAGACGCGUUACAAGGCGACGGGUCUCCAUUUCAGACACACAGACAAUGUCAUCCAGUGGCUCAACGCCAUGGCCGAGAAGGGCCUGCCAAAGAUCUUUUACCCUGAAACUACAGACAUCUAUGACAGAAAGAACAUGCCACGCUGCAUCUACUGUAUACAUGCACUCAGCCUGUACCUGUUUAAGCUCGGCCUGGCCCCCCAGAUCCAGGAUCUGUAUGGAAAAGUAGAUUUCACUGAGGAGGAGAUCAACAACAUGAAGAGUGAGCUGGAAAAGUAUGGAAUCCAGAUGCCCGCCUUCAGCAAGAUCGGCGGCAUCCUGGCCAAUGAGCUCUCGGUGGAUGAAGCUGCAUUACACGCUGCUGUGAUCGCCAUCAACGAGGCCAUCGACCACGGCGUACCAGAGGGCACGGUGGCAGCCAUGCAGAACCCCAACGCCAUGCUGGUCAGCCUGGACGCCAACUCCGCCCGCCAGUACCACGACACACUGUACCAGGCCAAGGGGAAGAAGGUGGCCAACUCGCGCAAACGGCAAAUGGAGAACGCCGACGCAGAGAGAGAUAUCUACGAUGAGCUUCUCACCCAGGCUGAAAUCCAGGGCAACGUCAACAACGUCAAUGUGAGCAACGCCUUGAGUGCGGCAGAGCAGGCGCUACUGAGUGGCGAUGAGGAGAAGUUAUAUGAGGCCCUUAAAGCCAUGGGCAUUCAGAAACUGCAGCCCCAGAACAAAGGCUGGUAUCUCAAACAGCUGCAGGCUGACCGAGAGAAUAAAGACCAGGUGUCUCCAGGAGAAGCCCUGACUAAGGAUGAGUUGCAGAGCGGCGUGCUCGUGGCCAAUGACAAUGCGGAAGCCUACCUAAAGAUGUUGAAGGCAGUAGAACGCAUCAACAGUGCGAUCAGGGCGGGGGUGCCAGAGAAGACGGUGGAAGAGCUGAUGAACCCCGAUGCUCAGCUGCCUGAAGUCUACCCCAGCGCUGCAGACCUCUACCAGAGAGAGUUAGUCAGCCUGCAGCAGCAAUGCCCAGAGGGUUCGCUGUCCCACCCCGAGCUGCUAGUUGCCGUGGAGAUGCUGUCGUCGGUGGUGUUAAUGAACGAGGCGAUGGACUCUGGAAACCGCGACGCCCUCUGGAAACAACUGUCCAGCGUCGUCACUGGACUCAGUAAUGUGGAGAGUGAAUACGCUCAGAGGUACAUGGACGAACUGCUGCGUCUAAAGGCAGCAGCCAGAGAGGAGGGCUCCAAAUAUCUGACCUGGAACGACAUUCAAGCCUGCAUCGACCAAGUCAACCAGACUGUGCAUGAGGAACAUGAGCGUAUUGCCGCCAUCGGACUAAUCAAUGAGGCCCUGGAUGAAGGGGAACCCAUGAAGACCCUGGCCACGCUGCAGAACCCCUCAGCCAAGCUCACAGACGUGGACCCGCCUGUGGCUCAGCACUACCAUGACAAACUGCUGGAGGCCCGCAGAGAGAAGGCUCACGAGACCCAGGACCCCUCUGCUGUGCUGUGGCUGGAUGAGAUCCAGGAUGCCAUUCUGAAGGCAAACCAGGACACACAGGAGGCCUUGCAGUUCUCGCGCUCCAUCCAGGCUAUCAAUGAGGCGGUGGACACUGGCGAUCCAGCUCAGACUCUCGCUGCUCUGCGUAACCCCGGGUCAGGACUGUACGGAGUCACCUCCGAGUGUGCUCAGACCUACCAGGAUGACCUGUCCAAGAUAAAAAAUGAGAAAAUGGCAAAAGGUGAUAAUGGCAGUGACUGGGUGAAACACUGGGUGAAGGGAGGACACAACUACUAUUAUAACCUGGAGACCAACGAGGGCACCUGGGUGGAGCCAGAGGGCUUUGUGCAGAACACCACCCAGCUCAACAAGGAGGACAUCCAGUCGGUGGUUUCCGGGGUAACCACAGCCUACAAUCGAGAGCAGCUGUGGCUGGCCAACGAGUCCCUAAUCGCCAAGCUGCAAGCUCGUUGCCGUGGCUUCCUGGUGAGAAAAAGACAACGGGAGCGGAUGAGCUUCCUGAAGUCUCAAGACCCAGCAGUUUCAUGCAUACAGGCCCACUGGAAAGGCCACCAACAGAGGAAGAAGUUCAAUGACCGUAAGCAGUAUCUGAAAGACCACAGUGACGAGGCCGUCAAGAUCCAAUCCAUGGUUCGGAUGCACCAAGCGCGUAAGAAGUACAAGGAUCGUCUAAAGUACUUCCAGGAUCACAUCAAUCAAGUGGUGAAGAUUCAGGCUUUCAUCCGAGCCAACAAGGCCAGAGAUGACUACAAGACGCUGAUCAGCGCAGACGAUCCUCCGAUGGCGGUGGUGAGGAAGUUUGUCCAUCUGCUGGACCACAGCGACCAGGACUUCCAGGAGGAGCUGGAACUGAUGCGGCUCCGCGAGGAGGUGGUCACCAACAUCCGCUCCAACCAGCAGCUGGAGAACGACCUGAACCUGAUGGACAUCAAGAUCGGCCUGCUGGUGAAGAACAAGAUCACGCUGCAGGAGGUGGUGUCGCAUAGCAAGAAGCUGACCAAGAAGAACAAGGGCCAGCUGUCCGACAUGAUGAUGAUGAACAAGCAGCGGGGGGGCCUGAAGGCCCUCAGCAAGGAGAAGAGGGUCAAACUGGAAGCCUACCAGUACCUCUUCUACCUGUUACAGACCAACCCCACGUAUCUGGCCAAGCUGAUCUUCCAGAUGCCACAGAAUAAAUCCACAAAGUUUAUGGACUCUGUCAUCUUCACCCUGUACAACUACGCCUCCAACCAGAGGGAGGAGUACCUGCUGGCCAAGCUCUUCAAAACGGCCCUGCAGGAGGAGAUCAAGUCAAAAGUGGACCAGAUGAAGGAGAUCGUCACAGGAAACCCGACAGUCAUCAAGAUGGUGGUGAGCUUCCACCGCGGUGCGCGGGGACAGAACGCGCUGCGGCAGAUCCUGGCACCGGUCGUCAAGGAGAUCAUGGACGACAAAUCGCUAAACAUUAAGACCGACCCGGUGGACAUCUAUAAGGGCUGGGUCAACCAGAUGGAGACGCAGACUGGAGAGGCCAGUAAGCUGCCUUAUGACGUGACUCCAGAGCAGGCCAUGUCCCACGAGGAGGUGAGGACGAGACUGGAAGCCUCCAUCAAGAACAUGAAGACCAUCACUGACAAAUUCCUGUCUGCCAUCAUUGUCUCGGUGGAUAAAAUCCCAUAUGGGAUGCGUUUCAUCUCCAAGGUGCUGAAGGACACCCUCCAUGAGAAGUUCCCAGAUGCUACGGAGGAUGAGCUGCUCAAGAUUAUAGGGAACCUCUUGUAUUACCGCUACAUGAACCCGGCCAUCGUGGCGCCAGAUGCCUUUGACAUCAUUGAGGUGUCGGCGGGAGGCCAGCUGACCACCGAGCAGCGGCGAAACCUGGGCUCUGUCGCCAAGAUGCUGCAGCACGCCGCCUCCAAUAAGAUGUUCCUGGGAGACAACGCCCAUCUCAAUCCCAUCAAUGAAUAUCUCAGUUCCUCCCACCAGAAGUUCAGGCGUUUCUUCCUGGCAGCCUGUGACGUUCCUUCACUUGAAGAUAAGUUCAACGUGGAUGAGUACUCCGACUUGGUCACUGUCACCAAACCUGUCAUCUACAUCUCCAUCGGAGAGAUUAUAAACACUCACACACUGCUGCUGGACCACCAGGACGCCAUUGCUCCGGAGCACAAUGACCCCAUCCAUGAGCUGCUGGAGGACCUGGGCGAGGUUCCCACCGUAGAGUCCCUCAUCGGUGAAAAUCCUCUUCCUUCUGACGACCCCAACAAAGAGCUGAUGGGGAAGACCGAGGUUUCACUCACACUCACUAACAAAUUUGACGUCCCUGGUGAGGCCAACGCUGAGAUGGAUGCCCGGACUCUCCUGCUCAACACCAAGAGGCUCAUUGUGGAUGUGAUCAGGUUCCAACCUGGGGAGACUCUGACUGAGAUCCUGGACUCAUCAGCAGGCCCAGAACAGGAAGCAGAGUACCAGCGUGCCAUGCAGAGGAGAGCCAUCAGAGACGCCAAGACUCCCGAGAAGAUGAAGCGGGUGAAGCCGGUGGUGGACGACAGCCUGACGCUGCAGGGCAAGAAGGACAAGAUCAAGAGCAACCUGCAGAGGCUGGCAGAGCUGGGGAAGGUUCACCCCGAGAACCGCUUCCAGGACCUCAUCAACGACAUAGCCAAGGACAUCAGAAACCAGAGGCGGUAUCGUCAGCGUAGGAAAGCUGAGCUGGUGAGACUUCAGCAGACAAACACCGCCCUGAAUUCAAAGACCAAUUUUUACGAAGUCCAGAUUGAUUCGUACAAUCAGUAUAUCAAGACGUGCAUGGACAACCUGGCCAGCAAGGGGAAGUUGUCAAAGAAACCAGGCGACAACAAGACCAAGAAGAGUAAACAGGUUUCUCAGAAAUACACCGCCUCUCGCCUCCACGAGAAGGGCGUGCUGAUCGCCAUAGAGGAUCUGCAGCCCAACCAGUUCAAGAAUGCUAUUUUUGAGAUUUCUCCAGCAGAGACUGUUGGAGUUUUUGAGGUGAAGGCCAAGUUCAUGGGCGUGCACUUGGAGACAUUACAGUUAGAAUAUCAGGAUCUCCUCCAGCUGCAGUACGAAGGUGUGGCGGUGAUGAAGCUCUUUGAUAAAGCCACCAUCAAUGUCAACCUGCUCAUUUUCCUGCUCAACAAGAAAUUUUAUGGAAAAUAGAAAAAAAUAACAGGGCGACAGACACUGAUUUAAUCCACAAAACCCACUUUGAGGGUUGCAGAAAGCCCUGACCCGAACCACCCUGGCUCUCCUACACAUUGCCUACUGCACUUCUCUUAUGUGCCAAUGCAAAUUUAUGUAGAUUAUUUUUUAUUAUGUGGAUCACCAUAUGUGCUUUAUUCUUAAUGGAAACACUCCAUUGUGCAACUCGAGCUGUCACGCCACAAGAAACUUGCUCAAGUCUUUUUUUUUUUUUUUGUCUUAUUGUCUGUAACUGCAGCUAGGUCAAAAGUUUAAGAUUUGUAUGUUUUGCUUUAAAUAUUAUGAAUAUCUUCUGCAUGGGCCUUGAUUAAU